AUGAAAGUUUUUAUUUUAAUUUUUUUGUUUGUCUCAUACGUUAAAUCGGCCCACAAGGCUUCUUCAUAUAACAAAGAAUUUGUCAUGUCUAGUCCCAAAAUCGCCCCCUUGAAAGAAGCCAACAUCCCUCCAACUAAGGCAUUGGCUGGUCCUAGUUCCGAAAGUUCUUCGAAACAAAAUCGACCGCCGAUUGCGGAAAAAGAAUACAGUAUCAACGAUUUGAUAGUUGAAUUCGAUGUUCACAUCGAUGUUCAACAAGCCUGUUUGGAAAGCACAAAAUUUCUUUCAGAUUUACUCGGAAAUCAACAAAGUGAAUUCCAAAACAAAGAAAAUAAAUUACAGUUAAAAAAUAAAGUGUUAUUAAAAUUGUUCGAGGCUUCAGAAGCUGGAGUAGAAGAACUCAAAGAGUUAAUUAAACAAUUUGAGGAGGAAUUAUACAAAAAGGGAUUAUUUAAAAAAUUAGAGGACGAGUUGGAAUACAAGACAAUCUAUUACAAAAAUAAAGGGAAAAAAUUGAAAGAGGCUGACAUUUUUAAUUGUUUACCCGAACAACUUUUCCUAGAUUCACUUCCAGGGUUGUUACGUGUUGAUUUAAUGGAUGAAGAUUGGAUUGAAAGAAGGGCCAGACUUUUUAAAAAUUUUUUGAAGACUAAAAGGAAUGAAGAAAAAGAGGAGGAGGAGAAGCAAGCAGAAACGGAGAAUCAACCAAAAACUGCAAACAAAUGGAAAAAAGCUGUGACUUUUGCUUUAAAAAAUAAAGCAUCCCCUAAAGAUUCGCUAAGAAACAUAAUACAUAGUCUGAUUAAAUUAAGAGAUGUUUGUAUUAUUUUUAAUGAGAGAAAUGUUGAGGAUCUUUUACUGACAAAAAAGGAUUCAUUUUAUUAUAAUAUUGAAGAAAGAAAGAAUCUUCGGAAGUUAAAUAGGUAUUUAUAUCUUGAGGACACUUUGAUUUUGGAAAUUUAA